AUGGCACCUCAUAAUCGGAAACGCCCAGCGCAAGACGACGAUGACGUCCAGAUAAUCUCGUCGCAACCCUCGUCGCGAUCCUUGUCGAACGCCAUUGAUCUCGACGAUGAAUUUGAUACAGAUGACGGCUUGGACGAUGCGCCGGAGGCCACGCAGGCCUACAAUUCGUCCUCCUUUAGUUUCGAGAUCUACGGGAUCUUUCCGUCCAAGGUCGUCGGAUGCCGCUACUACAAUGGCCUCGCGACGUUCGGCGAGAUGGUCGUGCUGAAGCGGGAACCUCAAAACCAGUACGACAGGAACGCGAUUCAGGUGCGCAACGUACAGGGGAAUCAGAUCGGACAUAUACCGAAGCAAGUUGCCGCGAAGCUAGCCAAGUAUAUGGAUGAUAAGAGCUUGCUGAUUGAGGCUUCUAUUUCGGGACCAAAGGGCGAAUACGAUUGUCCGAUUGAGCUGAGGCUGUAUGGGACGGAUGAUCCGAGGAUGAGGGAUCAAUUGAAAGCCAAGAUGCAGGCGGAUAGACUGCCGAUUGGCCAUAUGAAAGAACGCAUAAAGCAGCAGGAGAAGCUAGAUCAAGAGAGGAAAAAGGCGAUCGGGCUCGCGAAGAAGGCAGCAAGAAGUGCAGGUGUCUCUGUUGGGCUUGGCAGCAGCAGCCUACAAGUCAGCUCUUCGGGAGACGAGCAAUUCAAUCCCCGUAACUAUGAAGACAUGGUUGAUCAGUUUGGGAUCAGCGAAGAGAAACUGGCCAACAUGCCAAAGGCCGACCAACCGAAAGGUCUGCUCACGAAGCUUCAUCCGUUCCAGCUUCAAGGUCUUCAAUGGAUGCUUGACAAGGAGAGCCCCAAGCUGCCGGCAGUGGACUCAAAGGAGAUUGUCCAAUUCUGGCAACGGAGUAGCAGGGAUUCGAGCCUGUUUACUCAUAUUGCCACAAAUUACACCACCAGAGAGUCACCCCGACUCGCGAGUGGCGGAGUCCUCGCCGAUGACAUGGGUCUUGGAAAGACUAUUUCAGUCAUCUCUCUCAUCCUGGCCGACAAGGCGCUUGGUCGCAAAAAUGCGGAUGUCAGUGGAGUAACUUUGAUACUUGCGCCUGUCAGCGUCAUGAGCAAUUGGAGUUCCCAGAUGGCAAAACACAUUGAGAAGGAGCAUGCCCUACGAAUCAUGUUCUACCACAGCACCCUCAAGAAGCCCCUCAACCCGCAAGAAAUCGACAAUUACGACAUUGUCAUUUCUACUUAUGACACGGUGUCUUCGGAGUGGUGGAAACCAGCUAAGCCAAAGGAGGCUGUACGAAAAGAUGGUGUAUUCUCCAUCAACUGGCGCCGAGUUGUGUUGGAUGAAGGGCAUCAUAUCAGAAAUCCAGUCGCGAAGCGAACGCAAGCAGCCUGGCAUAUCAAGGCCCAAUCGAAAUGGGCCCUCACAGGAACCCCGAUCGUCAACAAUUUGAAGGAUCUGUAUUCUCUUGCCAAAUUCGUCGACCUAUCAGUUAUGAAUUCCAUGGACAUCUUCAACAACACCAUCAUCAGACCCGUUGGUAAGGGCGACGAAGCAGCCGUCAAGCUUCUCAAGUACCUCAUGGGAGAUUUGUGUCUUCGGCGGAGGAAGGACAUGUCCUUCAUCGACCUAAAACUCCCCGAACUCUCCGAAUACAUCCACCGCAUCAAAUUCUCCUCGCACGAACAGGAGAUCUACGACGUCCUCGCCGAAGACGCCAAGGGCCGACUAGACAUGUGGGUGCAAGAACUUCAGAUGAACACCACCAACAAGGUCCCCUCUGGCACAAACUCCUACCGCGGCGUCCUCGAGAUCAUCCUCCGCAUGCGCCAGGUCUGCAACCACUACAAGCUCGUCGGCACCGACCGCCUCGGCGGCAUCAUGGCCGCGCUCGACGCUAACGGCUUCGUCGACCUGACCCCAGAGAACAACCUCGCCCUCCAACAGCUCCUCCAGCUCAGCAUCGACUCACAAGAAGACUGCCCCGUCUGCCUCGACUCCUUCAAAGAACCCGUCAUCACCAAAUGCGCCCACGUCUUCUGCACCCCCUGCAUCGAGCGCGUCAUCGACACGCAGCACAAAUGCCCCAUGUGCCGCGCCGAGCUCGACGCCCUCGCCUCCACCACCGUCAAACCCAUGAAAGAGGCACCACCCCCAGCGCCUCAACCCGAGCUCUCCCUCACCGACGACGCGCCCCCCUCCAGCAGCAAAGUCGACGCCAUCCUCGCCAUCCUCCGCGCCCAGCAAAAGGAUCCCGCCAAGGGCAACAAGACCAUCGUCUUCAGCCAGUGGACCUCCUUCCUCGACCUCCUCACCCCGCACCUCGCCGCCGCCGGCUUCGGCACCGCGCGCAUCGACGGCACCAUGCGCGCCGCAGACCGCGACCGCGCGCUCGACGCCCUCGAGACGGACCCGCAGUGCACCGUCAUGCUGGCGUCGCUCGCCGUGGCCUCCGUCGGGCUGAACCUCGUGGCCGCGAAUAGCGUCAUCCUCGCGGAUAGCUGGUGGGCGCCGGCGAUUGAGGACCAGGCGGUCGAUCGCGUGCACCGGCUCGGCCAGAAGCGCGAGUGCACGGUGUUUCGGAUUGUGAUUGAGAAGAGUGUCGAGGAGAAGGUGUUGCUGAUUCAGGAGAAGAAGAGGAAGCUGGUGGGCGUGGUGUUUAAUGAGCGGGAUGAGGAUGGGGAGGUGGGCGGGAGGAAGAGGAAGGGGAAGAGGCGCGUGGGGGGUGUGGAGGAUUUGAGGACGUUGCUUGGGUGA